AUCUACCAGAGGCACAUGUGACCCAUCACACCAGACAUGAAGGUGACGUCGCCCUGAGGUGCUGGGCCCUGGGCUUCUACCCUGCUGACAUCACCCUGACCUGGCAGAGAGAUGGGGAGGACCUGACCAAGGACAUGGAGCUUGUGGAGACCAUGCCUGCAGGUGAUGGAACCUUCCAGAAGUGGGCAGCUGUGGUGGUGCCUUCUGGAGAGGAGCAGAGAUACACAUGCCAUUUGCAGCAUGAGGGGCUGCCUGAGCCCCUCACCCUGAGAUGGGAGGAAUCUUCCUCAUCCUUCCUCCUUAUUGUGGUUGUCGCUUUCUUCAUUGGUGCACUGGGAGCUGUGGCUAUGGUGAGGUGGAGGAGGAGGAGCUCAG